AUGUGGAAGAAUACUUCCCAGAAGGAUUGUCAGUUAUACAUCCCGAUGAAAGCCAAGGCGAAGGACGAACGCCAAAUAGGGGCUCACACAAACUUCCUGCCGCAGUACAUUGUCAUAUUUGCUAUAAAAACAUUAGUGGUCCUAUCAACAACGUCGAUUAUAUUAAGCCAUGUGAUUGUCAACUAUUGUGCAACUCGGAACAGAAAGAAAUUCGGAGAAGCUAAAUGCAGCAACUGCGGUCAGGGGAAUACGAUUCCACGAUCAACCAAAAUGCUUCAAUCGAAGAAAACGGACAGGAUAAGUAGCUGCUGUUCUGACAAUGCACCCCCUUGCACGGCAUGCCACGACAAAAACUAUCAAUACAAACCGUUUCAAGAGAAGUUACAAGUACAACUCGGCUACAAAAUUAGUCCAUGUUUCUGCAGAAGAGUAUUUCAUUACGGUUGUCUCCGUCCGUUUAUUGAAGAAAGACCAUUGUGUUCAAAAUGUAGCGUUGUUUACUCCGGCUUCGAGCCUGCUACUCCAAUGCAAUUCUUCAGAAACAAAUGGGCUUGGUUCAUCGUUUAUAUAUCAAUACUAUCCAUCUUCACUACUCUAUUCGUACUGGCUGUGAAAAACUCACUAGUAUUCACAAAACAGAGUAGCAAUAAAGAUGACAUAAACAAGGAGAUUAUGCUCACAAUUCUUUCCGUAUUUUUUUUCGUUGUGAUCGCUUCCACGAUGCUGAGCGUCAUCAAGUAUUCCAUAUCCACCGGUAUUCCGAAGUUCAAAAUCACACACGGAAAAGUUACUUUGAAACCGUAUAAAAACGGAAGCCAACUGAAGUCGCCAGACGACGACCUCAGCCCAUCAUCAGAAAAAGAUUUCGAAGAAAUUCCCUUAAAUGAUCUCAGAACAGAAUCAGCCGGAGAUGUGGAAGAGCCUAUCGAAAACGCUCGAGGCAACGAUAAUGACGACAUGACACUCGGACAACACAUGUUCGGAGUGUAUGCAACUCAUCAUUCCUCGUCAACACCUAUCGACAAACCAUCACUGGAAUUUGUAUUCAACUCGGUUUAA